AUGGGCAUCGUGUCGAUUCAAACAUUGAAUUGCCCGAUCCAGCUUGGCAUCGCACCGCCGGUAGCCGCCGCGUACUCUGCCUCCUGCCUCCUCCACCUGUACCUCCGGCGCCGCGGUCCAACUCGGCGCGGCGCGCCGCUGCGUACUCCGUCUCCCGCCUCCUCCUCCUCCACCUCCGGCACUGCGGUCAACCUCGGCGCACUCGACCGCCUCGAGUUCCUCGACCUCUCCAUGAAUGAGCUCUCCGGCGCCAUCCCGGCGGCCCUAGCCGGCGCGUCCAGGCUCCGGUUCUGGAACCUCUCCAACAACGUGCUCUCCGGCGCCAUCCCCGACGAGUUCAGGGGCCUCAGGGAGCUCCAAGAACUGCAGAUUUUCAGCAACAACCUCAUCGGCUCCCUCCCUGGCUGGCUCGUUGGGCUCCCCGGCCUCCGUGUGUUGUCCGCCUACGAGAACUCCCUCUCCGGCCCUAUCCCGACGGGCCUCGGGCUCUCGUCGGAGCUCCAGGUGCUCAACCUCCAUUCCAACGCCCUCGAGGGGAGCAUCCCCAGCAGCCUCAUCGAGCUCGGCAACUUGCAGGUCCUCAUCCUCACCUUGAACUGGCUCAACGGCACCAUCCCCGAAACCAUCGACCGUUGCCACGGCCUCUCCAAUGUGCGCAUCGGCGACAACCGCCUCGCCGGCGCAAUCCCUGCGUCGAUCGGGGACGCGACCAACCUCACGUACUUCGAGGCCAACAACAACAAGCUGUCCGGCGGGAUCCCCACGCAGUUCGUGCACUGA